AUGGCAAGCAAAGGAAAGCACAUUGCGGCGCCACAGCCAGCGGCGCCGGUGGUCAGCGCCCCACCACAACAGCCAGCAGCGUCGGUGGUCAGCGUCCCACCACAACAGCAAGUGGCGCCAGAGGUCAGCGCCCCACCGCAACAGCCCGCAGCGCCAGAUGUCGAGGUGUACGACCGUGACGACUUCCAAUGGGAAAUUCCUACGUCUUCACAAGUUGCCCCGGUGGACCCGAGCGCGGCGACCACAAAAUAUCUGAGCUCCAAGAAGCUGUUCGACUCUCAAGAAACAACUGAGGAGGAAACGCAUGAGGAGGCCGCCACCGCCGCCGCCAAAAACAUGCUGAGCUCAAACACACUCCGUGCUACGGCCAAUACGGCGAUGGAUGGUCCAGUAGUACAUCCCAAGAAGCGGAAGAGGCCAGCGAAGAAGGGCACCAAAGCCAAGGAGGCGGCCAAAUCCAAGGACACGAUCCGACACUUUGACAAGUUGCCAAACAAUUGGCGGCCUCAGCAUUGGAUUGGUGAACCGAUGCUGCCGGAGCAUGUCGAUGAUUUCAUGCUGGCGAACAUUAAAAAGAGCGCCAUUCUCAUUCCUUACUUCCCCGAGUAA